GUGCACCUCUCAUCAUCACUAAAGAAAGUGAGUCAGGAAAAUAGAGUGAGAAGAAAAGGGAAAUAGUAGUACUGUCCUCUCAUAGUAUGGCGGUCAUCAAAUGCAAUACAGUGAGAAAUGUAUACCUGACAUGUUUAUUUUCCCUGAUACUUGUGAUCAUGUGUUCAACCUCUCCAUCAUGUGAAGGCCAUGAGCAGCCCCAGGUGGUAAGCGGUCAUUUUAAGCCAUGGGCGCAUCAUCCACCUCAACCAACCCCACACAGACCACCUCCACACAGUUUGUUGCAGGUAGAGCAGCCCCAGGUCGUACGCGGUCAUCAUCCCCCUUGGCCGCCUAUGCCGCCGCCAAUGCCAACGCCACCAAUGCCUCCAAUGCCACCAAUGCCUCCUAUGCCGCCAAUGCCUCCUAUGCCACCAAUGCCUCCAAUGCCGCCAAUGCCUCCACUCCCUCCAAUGCCGCCAAUGCCAGGGCCGCCGCAUCCACCUCGACAACCACCACAGAGUUUGUUGCAUGCAGAGCCAAAGUCAGUGACGUGCUACCCUAACAAUAACAAACUAUCUCCGACUGGCUGUGAGCAGAUGUGCAAGGAAAACGGCUUCAAAACCAAAGACAGCUACUACAUCCAGGGACAGGAGGCUAAAUGGGAAUGCUGCUGCCCACAUUAAGCAAUGUAUAUAACCGCAAGAUCAGUUUGAUGGCAAAAUAAUAAAGAUGGUUAUUUUUUGUUGCCUAGA